UCCUGUAUUGUCCUAUAGGUGAACAGAGAGUUGAAGAAGCUGCUGGUAGCCUCUGUAGGUGACGACCUGCAGUACCAUUUUGAGCGUCUGGCCAGAGAGAAGAACCAGCUGAUGUUAGAGAACGAGGCUCUGGGUCGCAGCCGGGCCUCCACAGCAGAACAGCUGGAACGCAUGUCUAUACAAUGUGAUGUCUGGAGGAGCAAGUUCCUAGCGUCCAGAGUGAUGGCGGAGGAGCUGACCAAUGCCAGGGUUUCUCUCCAGCACCAGACCAGAGAGGCUCAGAACGCCAUCACAGACCUGCUGAGUGAGAGAGACGAGUUCUUUAGAGACAUGAUGCUAACCCACAGGUCUCUGGAGCAGCUGCUGGUCUCUCUCCAGUGGGGUCGACAACAGACCUACUACCCCAGUGGCCAGCCACUCAGCACGGGAGAACUAGCCCUAGCCAAUCACAAGCUGGCGGACGCCAUCAACUCCCGCCUGCUGGGGAAGGUUGGGCCAGUAGGGAGCAGCAGUGGAGCCGGGCUGGGGAAAGGAAGACCGGCCUCAGAGCUCCCGAACAGCUCACACACGCCAGCUGAGAAGAUGGCUGAGAAGGUGUUGAAGAUCCUGGACCCUAUUUCCUGUUCAGACAACGAGGAAGAAACCUCCCCCCUCUCUAUCUCUGACUCCUCCCCCUCGGCCUUCCUGACCAAUAAGAAGAGCAUCGGCCGGUUCCACCCUUACACUCGCUAUGAGAACAUCACCUUCAACUGCUGCGAGCGCUGCAACGGAGACAUCCUGGUACUCUAGGGGUCCGAGGGCAGGGGUCGUGACCUUUAACCUGGACAGGUCAACGCAGGCCGCUGUGAGGAACACCAGUCGGCUCUCCCUCCGUCGAAACGUCUGGUUUCACAGCGGCCUCGGAGCGGGACUUGACUGGAAGCACGGCAGAAGCUGAUUUUUAAUUGGCUGAUCUCUCAGUCCGUCACCGUCUCAUAACUCUUAGAACCUCCCACGACAUUGUGGGCUUCAGAACGUGAGCACAGCAAGUGAUUUAAACAAGGAAGUGAGUUCGGAAAAUCUGAAAGUAUUCCAUCUUAGAAUCAAUUGGGCUUCAAAGUCAAAGUCAUUCCACGGACGGCCGAGGGUCUGUGGGUUUCUGGUCCUUCCUUGUACUUGACUGGUGAAUUGAGGCUACUAGUUAGUAAGCAACUACCUUCACCUGGUUGUCUAGGUAACUAAUUAGUAAGGAACUCCCCUCACCUGGUUGUCUAGGCUACUAAUUAGUAAGGAACUCCCCUCACCUGGUUGUCUAGGUUACUAAUUAGUAAGGAACUGCCCUCAUCUGGUUGUCUAGGUUACUAAUUAGUAAGGAACUGCCCUCACCUGGUUGUCUAGCUUACUAAUUAGUAAGGAACUGCCCUCAUCUGGUUGUCUAGGUUACUAAUUAGCAAGGAACUGCCCUCAUCUGGUUGUCUAGGUUACUAAUUAGUAAGGAACUGCCCUCACCUGGUUGUCUAGGCUACUAAUUAGUAAGGAACUCCCCUCACCUGGUUGUCUAGGUUACUAAUUAGUAAGGAACUGCCCUCAUCUGGUUGUCUAGGCUACUAAUUAGUAAGGAACUCCUUUCACCUGGUUGUCUAGGUUACUAAUUAGUAAGGAACUGCCCUCACCUGGUUGUCUAGGCUACUAAUUAGUAAGGAACUGCCCUCACCUGGUUGUCUAGGUUACUAAUUAGUAAGGAACUGCCCUCACCUGGUUGUCUAGGUUACUAAUUAGUAAGGAACUGCCAUUCAUAAGGGAGGGAGGGAGAAACAUUUUAAGACUGUUGGGACUAGCUUUUAGCUACUGAGUCAUGACGUCAUGAUGCCCUCAGUGUUAGAGACAGCAUCUAUUGAGAGAACCCUGCUGAAGACUUAAACUCAGGCUAAGAUGCUAUUUAUCAAACGAAAUAUCAUGUAUAUAGAAAUGCAUUCCUCAAUGAUGUUAUUUUUUAACCUUUAUUUAACGAGGCAAGUCAGUUAAGAACAAAUUCAUAUUUACAAUGACGGCCUACCGU